AUGCAGACACAGUACACCGACGACGGUCUCGCCUUCAUGGGCAGCUACUCAGCCCCUGCACCCGGUACAUCUUGGGGUAUGGCCAGUGCGCCUCCGAGUCCCGUCAACCUGGGCCGUCCGACGUCUUCAGAGCCGCGCUCGUCGCCAAUUGAUGCGUACUGGCCGCAGAUGACGGCCCCUCCUGAGUCUCCGUACGGGCACGGAAACGUCAUGUCCGGGGAUAUCACAAUGCCCAUGUACUACGGACAUCAGCCCCGUACGCUCACGCCGGGCUCUUCGUCGGGCACUAUUUCGGAUAUUGGACAUGGACGUUCGGGGUCUGCAGCGGGACAAGCGUCAUUUGCUUCCCUUGCACCCCCUUCGAUGCAGGGCGACGCCUUACGCGCUCCAAGCACCGGUCCCGCACGUCGUCGCGGCCAGAGCGACGUGACGGAUCCGGCCGAAUACGAACGCCAGCGCCAGAAGAAGAAAGAGUACGCCAAGACAUUCCGUGACAACGAGAAGCAUUACUUCGAACAACUUCGGGUCCGGCUGUUCCCGACCGACCCGAACACGCGUCGUGCUGAAUGUCUUGAGCGUGCUGUCAGUGCGCUUGACGAGCUGGAUGCGUACAAAGCUCGCGCUGCGACACGCGACGCGGAGGUCGAAAAGUUGCGCGCGGAGCUUGCGCAGGCAAAGCAUCGUGCUGCAGAGCUUGAGCAGUUUGUCGCGCAGUCUGGUACAUCCCAGAUACCCUCGCAGGCCGCUGUAGGGACAUACCAGGGGUAUAGCUCCCAAUCCAGCUGGCAUUGA